AUGUCCUCCACAGUUCUGCGCCUGUUGUCGCCUUAUUCGAAUAUUGUUGAGCGUUCCAGUGGUUUAUUCCGCUAUUACUGUUCAAGCGUCAGUACAUUGAGUCAGUUGCGACACGCGGGGCAAACGAAAGCUUCUAAUUAUGAUAACAAAACGACGGUUGUCUUCCUCGUUUCUGACAGACCAGGAUCCCUGCGGAAAGCGCUAAGUAUUUUCGACGAGGAGCACUUCAACUUAAGCGGCAUAAGGAGCCAAGCUUCCCUACCGGAUGACUCCGCAAACGAUCGAGCGUUUGAAAUUACAGUUAAUGCCGAGUACGUGGGUUCCCGCGAGGUUCAGGGAGCUGACUGCGACCACUCGCCGAACAAUCACAAGUCUGCACUGCUUUCUCGCGUUGUUCAGAAACUCGAAGACACAGGCGCGAGAGUCCGCUAUAUAAUGCCCUCCCGUAGCGAUGAACAAGGAGCAGUUGAAAAAGGCGGGAGCUGCGAGCGCCCUGUACCGCCACUGGGCGCUGUUUCAAACGCGGAAGUGGCGCUGAGCAUGCCCUGGUUCCCUCGCCGUAUCUCGGAUCUUGACCGUUUUGCUUCACGUUGUCUCCAGUUUGGGGCUGAAUUGGAUGCAGAUCACCCCGGAUUCAGGGAUGACGCGUACCGGAAGCGACGUGAGGUGAUUGCGAAUGCUGCGGCGCGCUAUAAGCACGGAGAUUCACUGUCUGAUGUUGACUACACAGCUGCGGAACUCGAUACUUGGCGAACAGUUUACACAGAACUCAAAACUCUGCGAGCAACGCAUACCUCUCGACGUUAUCAGCACUCAAUUCAGCUCCUUGAACGAGAGAUUGGUUUUGGAUCAUACCGCAUCCCACAGCUGUCGGAAGUGAGCAGAUUUCUCAGCGAAUGCACUGGAUGGACACUUCGGCCCGUCAUGGGUUUACUCUCAUCGCGGGACUUUUUGAAUGGGCUUGCUUUCCGAGUUUUUCACUCCACGCAAUAUGUUCGACAUCAUUCACAGCCGCUCUACACACCGGAACCUGAUGUUUGUCACGAGCUUUUAGGUCACAUUCCCAUGCUCUGUGACGAGGCCUUUUCAGAGUUGAACCAUCUGCUCGGUCUCGCAUCGCUGGGUGCAUCUGAUGAGGAUAUUGUCAAGCUUUCGAGGUGCUACUGGUUCAGCGUGGAAUUCGGACUCUGUCGCGAGGGACCUGCAGAGGAGCUCAGGGCAUACGGGGCCGGUCUGCUGUCGUCUUUUGGUGAGCUCAAGUAUGCGCUCAGUGGGAAGCCCCAGACGCUCCCAUGGAAUGCUUUUGAAGCCGCUAAGCGCGAGUAUCCAAUCACUGAUUACCAACCAUCAUAUUUUGUUGCUCGAUCCAUAGAGGAUGCGGUUGAUCAGCUGCGCCUGUUCACUGAAUCCGUAGAGAAACCUUUCGAGCUCCGGUUUAAUCCUCAUAACCGUAGCGUGUCGAUUAUUGAUGAUGCAACUCAGGUCGCUGCUUUUUCUAACCAACUUAGCAAUGAUCUGCGGACUUUGGCGCGUACGCUCAGAAGGCUCGGAGUUUCGACCUCAUGA